AUGCUCAGCGAUACGAUUUCAAGAGCCUCCGCGGAGGAUGCAGGCAUUGAACCGGAAGAGGACACGAGUUAUGGGAUCCGGCUGUUUCAGAAUGACUCGGCCAUCUUUGUGAUCAACCGUGCGUCCUAUGUGCAUGCCUUUGUACGGCUGCACACGCAGCUCCCUGGGGGCUUCAUGGGUCUGGAGCUGAAGAAGAGGCUCGCCUAUCAGCAUGAGCCGACCCUAUUCCUGUACUCCUGGGAGCCGAUCACGGCGUUCAUGUCUUCUAAGAUUGGCAAAAUCUUUGCAUUCGUCAUGUCUGUUCCAUGGAUGGCAGUACGGAUACAUGAAAUCACUGCUCUCCGAUCCCAAGGCCUGUACAUCGCCGAUUCGACCGCCUACCACAUUAUUCAGAACCCCAACGAAUUGAGGGGGGACCGCGCAUGCGGUUGGGGCACCCGUCUGGAGUUGCUGAGCCGGCUGAUCCCCCCGGUUGCCUUGCUCGUUGCGUUGGUUUGCUCCGUCUUGCAGAGAGCGCACCUGUCUAGGAAGGUCUUUGGAGUGAUGGGGAUACUCGACGCUGUUGUUUGCCUCUUGAUCUUCCUGCAGUUGGAAUUGAACGCUGAGUACAAGGAAACUCUGGCUGGAACGCCGUCGUUUCUCUUCCUAGUCGUGGCUAUCAAGGACGUGCUUCUCUUCCCUUGUCCACUCCUCUUCAGUGAGUCGAACGUGGUAGAGCUGAGCAUACUAUCAUGCCUCAUCUACUUCUUCGCUUCGCUAGCAUGGAUCGUUUCCUAUCAGUCCAUCGUUGCCGUUUUCCUGCUUUUUGCUUUCCUCGGACUCCGGCAAGUUUUCAAGAGGUGGGCGGAGCAUUCGAUCAGAGAGGACUUCAAGGUCUUCACGAGCAAGUGGGGAGAGAUACUCGAUGAGAACCAGGAGGCCGUGCAGCGUUUGUGUGACCGAACCAACAACGUUGCUACAACUAGUGCUAGUGUCGCAGAAGUGGAGGAGAACGAGUCGCAACGGCUCUGCUGGACAAGCUGGAGAUCGCAGCUUUGCAGGAUGUUUUGCCUGACCCCAUGCACACCCUGUCUCCCCGUGAGUGUACAUCAGGAGCCAGCCGGCAUCCAACAACGAUCGGUGACGGGGAUCAUCCAGAAUCUUGACCAGUUGUAUGCGCAAGCAAUCCUUGUGGAGCCUAUUUUCAGAGAGAAGGCCCAUGUGCAUGCAGCAGAGACCAAUGGGAUGAUACCAAUACGAGCACAUCGCAAUCAGCCCAGAGAGUAUCAGCGCGUUGAUGAGAUCAUGGGCAACGAAGACUUGAGGGAAAGCUACGAGUGGCCCAAGAUCAAGAAUGUGGACAGAGCGAUCGAGAAGGUCCUCUAUCUGUGUAACGGGGAGUCGUCAAGGCUCUUCGACGUGGUGCGGCAGUGCAUCGUCUUCGAGCGGCUCGAGGACCUGUGCGAGUGUCUGGAGCGGAUCCUGGGAGACCCCGAGAUCGUGGUGAUGAGGAUCAAGAACAGGCUGGACCCGAGCUUCGACGCGCGGACGACGGGGGGGUACAGGGACGUGGCGGUGAACCUACGGGUGGUGACGGAGAGGACGAGGGAGCUGGGGGUAGCGGGGCACGUGUGCGAGCUGCGGCUCGCGAUACUGGGAAUGCAGGCGCUUUCGACUCAGGAGAGGCGGCUGCGAUACCGACGAGUGAAACACAUAGUGAGAUACGACAGGGGAUGGGUUGGGAGAGAGAAAGUCCAUUUGAUGGUGAACCUCAUGCAGAAGACAAAGAUGUCCUUCAUCAAUGACUACUUGAACCAAUUCGCAACCAGACUCUUCUCGACGGAUCAGCGACGGCAGUCAGACACUCUCUUGCAAACCCGCGAAAGGGAAUCUGACCUGCAUUUUUUGUUCCUUACCGAGAUGAGCAAGUAUCCGGGAGGAGUGAUGGAUCAGAAGCUGAAUAGCAUCGUGGGAGGGAUCCAGAACACGAUGACUUCGAGCAUCAUUUUCUCUUCAAACCCCGUCAGGAACGCGUUGCAGAAGAAGAUUACGCAGGCAACGCUUAUCCUUGCGGCAGCCUUCCUCUUCUACUUCUACGUUACCCCCGAUCACAUGAGGGGAUUCUUAAAAAACAACGCUUCCUCCGUCCACGUAGGACGGAUGCAAAUACUGGAAUUUCGCGACAAAGUCGUCCGCAACUUCAUCCCCGCAACUUCGGUAUCAAACUUCACCCUCGUGUACGACAGUUGCAAGAAACACUAUCCGACCUCGUUUAAGGAUGCCAACACCACUCGCUACUUCUUCUUCUCCUUGCCAGCGCUGUCGAACGGCUGGCGUUUCACCCUCGACAGCAACGAGCAACUGGCGGGUCUUGACCCGGUAGCUUUCAAGUUUGACAUCUUGGACUCACCGAUCGAUCUUGGCGUCGACCCCCUCGAUCUGCCAGCAGCGUCGUGGAAGGAGUGGACGAUAUUUUCAUGUGAGUCGACCCCGAGUGCGGAAAUCUGCAACGAUCCCUCGGGUCUCCGGGGGAGAACGUUGGAGUUCACGGUUCAGCUUCGGGCCAUGUACAUAGCAUCCACCGUGUUUGUAUUCUUUCAACCGUUCGCCUGUGUCGGGGCAGUGGUGACGGCAAGGCUGGGCUUCCAGAGUCUGCCCAAGACCUUGUUUGCUUCGCUCUUUCACGUCGUGGGAGUCUGGGAGAUCCUGCUCAUCUUCAUCGGCAACUUCGACAGGAUUGGAACCAGAAUAGCCUCCUUUUUCUGGGGGACCGGCGACUUCACCUUCGGCCUGGUGAUCGAGCUGCAGGAGAGGUACAUGAUGACUGUCCUGCCGUUCUACUGCGCGUGGACGGGGAUCGGGGGCUCAGCAUCCUCUUCGAAUCUGUACAGGAACCCCGUGAGUGAGGAUCAGUUCGGCUACAGCAACUUCAUCCUCAUGAUCACUGCCCUCUACUUCCAUGCUGGCAGAAGAUUCCAUCUGUUCAAGGCCUCCAGGAAUAUCAAGAUAGAGCAGCGCAAGUACAACGACCUUUGGAACUCCCUCUGCUCCAACGAGGAGAACAGGCAGGCCUUGCAGCGCAUCUCCGAGCUUGUCGCGCUACACCGCGUGCCUAACAGGGUCAUCCAGAGCCGAGUGCACGACCCUUCCUGCCUGCUGGAGACAUGGUCACUUCCUCUCGACUGGAUGAAGAGGAGGAACUCCAGGAGCGCUCUGUCCAAGAAGGGGGUGUGGAAGAUGAGCCAAGACACAAAAGUCGAGUCCCUGGACCAGCUGUACGCACAAGCAGUCUUCGUCGAGCCCAUCUUCCGCAAGAAGGUUCAAGACUUUGCGGCCGCGUCCAGGGGCUCUUUCCCCUCCUCCCUGCUGGCAUUGGACGGGAGGCUGGAGUGCAUCAUUUGGAAGGACGCGAUGGAGGACGAGAACCUCGCGCAGCAGGUCCGAUGGGCGCCGAUCAAGAGCGUGGACCGGGCGGUGGAGAAGCUCGUGCGAUCCUACAACAACGACGUGUCGAGGCUGCUGGACGUGGUGCGGCAGUGCAUCGUCUUCGAGCGGCUCGAGGACCUGUGCGAGUGUCUGGAGCGGAUCCUGGGAGACCCCGAGAUCGUGGUGAUGAGGAUCAAGAACAGGCUGGACCCGAGCUUCGACGCGCGGACGACGGGGGGGUACAGGGACGUGGCGGUGAACCUACGGGUGGUGACGGAGAGGACGAGGGAGCUGGGGGUAGCGGGGCACGUGUGCGAGCUGCAGCUGUUGAUGAAGGAGUACAUGGACCUGAGGACGGCAGAGGGGCACAAGCGAUAUGUAUCCUACAGGAACCUGCGCUGCGAAUGA